GUGAGUUAGAGAGGGGUGUAGCUAAAUGGCAUACAGUCGUGCCGAAUCAGUUCUACGUGCGACUCACUGAAGCUCGCACAGCAUUAGUCGAAUCAUCAAUGCAUUUGUCACGUACCAUAACAUUCUGUGCCGGCGCGAUAAAAAAAUAUGAAUUGAAUUCGGUUGACUUUGAAUUUCGAGAAAAUAGCGAAUGAGACUCUGUGAUCGCUUGUCAUUGAGACACAUAAGUUGCUACAGGACAAUGACGGAUACAUGGAUUAAACGAGUUGAUAAAAUAAGCAGAAUUGAUAAACGCAAUAGGCGAAGUGAUACGUGAAAGGUAGCGAUAGUGGUUAUGGUAUUCAAUGGUGUUGCGAUGUGGAUGUUGACUGUUGCCUUCGCCUUCGUGGCGAGUAUAUCAGCAUGCACUGGAUCAUCAGAAUCUACCAAUAACACAAUAAUCAGCAAUGCCACCAAUUCAUGGAAUAAUAUCGAGUGUUUGGAUAGGGUAACAGCACUGACCGAUGAUCAUGCACCUUGUGAGUGCCACAUUUGGUCACGAAAUGACACAAGUACAAUAGUUGAGGUCAAGUGCCUCGAGGGUAUAGCCGUGAUAGACACACUCCCUAACAAUGUUCAAAGUUUAGUUAUUCGUGGGGCCGGUGUCGAACAGGUGACAAGCAUGUUCAGGGAAUUGGAGAAUUCCUCAUUGAUAUGUCUGAGUGAGCUUACUGUUGUCAACGUAUCAUUAUCGGAAUCCAAUAUUACCCUGCCUCAUGUAUGUGGACUUGUUGUGUUGAAUAUAUCUGGUAAUGAUUUAGUGGACUUGAGUGACGUGAAAUUUCCUGAUGAGAGUGAUAUAAAAAUAUUGGAUUUAUCGAGAAAUCAACUGAGUGAAUUACCGGCUAAUGCAUUUAGGACGCUUACCGUUUUAGUGCAUUUACAUCUACGAGAUAAUAUUAUUGAUACAGUGAAUGAGGAUGCAUUUGCUAGGUUGGAGGCACUGGAAUAUCUUGAUAUAUCAGAUAAUCGUUUAAUUCAACUGCCAGAUGCAACACUGACACAUCUGUCAUCAUUGCAAACUUUGAAUCUCAGUGGAAAUCAGUUGAAAAUCCUUGGAGCGAGAUGGUUUGAGGCACUCGGUCGUUUGCGAGAAUUGGACGUUUCGAGAAAUGGCUUGACCAAAGCAGCAUCCGGAGCGCUGCAACCAUUGCCAGGUCUCUCGGUACUUCGAUUGGCUGAAAAUCCUCUCAUGGAACGUGACGUCUCAUUACUACUGGGUACCGGAAGACGUUUAGAGACUGUUGAUGCAUCGCGUACGGGUCUCUUACGAGUUCCAGCUGCUCUCACAAGGAGCGUUAGAGCACUCAGACUGGCUGGUAAUAAGCUCACGUGCAUCCGUGAUGGUGACUUUGAUGGUUAUCCACUGUUGAAAAUUCUAGAUCUAUCAGACAACUUGCUCAAUGUUGUCGAAGAGGAUGCCCUUGGCCGAUUGGAGACACUCGAGGAGUUGAACUUGUCAGGAAAUAGAUUGAAAUUCAUACCCAAGAGAUUACCCAAUAGUCUUAUUCAUCUUAACUUACAUGGCAAUGUCAUUGAAGACGUGUCAUUCGAUGAUCUCAAUGGAAUUGAUAAUAUACACAGCCUCAUAUUAGAUAAUAACAUGAUAGAGAAUAUUGAGCAGGGUGCUUUAAGUCAACUACCUCUCCUAACAGAGCUCGAUAUAUCGAAUAAUCCAAUUAAGCAACUACCAGCAAAUACUCUCGCCGGCCCAACAAGCCUAACCAAGCUACGCAUGUCGAGGUUGACACAACUAGAAUGGGAACAUGAGAGACGUGGUGACAUGGCAUUUCCCGUACCAACACCAGAGCAUCUUAUUUACCUGGAUGUCUCAGACAGUCCAGCAUUAGCUGCUCAACUACUCGCUGACAAUGCAGCUUUAUCUGCUUGCAAGAGUUUGCAUGUUCUAAACUUGGCCAACACCAAUAUCACAAACAUCAGAUCUGACCUUGUGUAUCUUUUACCACAGCUGCAAACACUUGGUCUCGCUGAUAAUCAGUGGAACUGUAGCGGUGAUAUUCUUUGGUUGGGCGAAUGGAUUAGACAGCAUGAGGAGAUACAACCACCUGCUAAGUGCUAUACCAUUGAUGAAUUCGGCGACACUAGACUCCAGGAUUUACCACCACCAACGACUACAACAUCAACUACUCUCAGUACAACAACGGAUUUAUUGGAUGACUUGAUCACCAAGGACUUGUCAGAUAUCGAUGUGUUAAAUGUGUCUUCCAUAAAAGCCACUGUGAGAGUUAGUACUGAGUCUGUGAUUAACGAAAUUGUGAAUAUUACUUUAAUUGAAGACGCAACUGCUGACGGACGUCAGCACAAGCUUCAUUCUGUUCAAUUAAACACAGACAGAGAAACCUCGGAGGAAAUGUCUGCUACUUCGCAGACUGUAUAUUAUGAAAAUGAUAAUUCCCAUCAGCUUAAAUCCGAGAAAAAGCUCCAGUCUCCGCUGAAUCAUGACAAAGCUAACGAUAGGAGUGAACUCACAGGGAAAUUCGACAAGCCGGGAAGCCGUAAAGCAAUGGAAUCCGGAAAGCUCAUCAGUGCUUCAUUAGUGGAGCGUCACAAGUUGCGAAAAAUUCUUGGUAAUCGGAUAGAUUCGCGGAUCAAACCCACAGCAAUCGCUCUCAAUAAAAACGGAAUUCACACGACAGAUGGAAGUCAUAGUUUCAAUAAUCUUCUAAAGCCACAAAGUUCCAAAAAAAUAAUAUGGGAUUCGAGGACUCGCAGCUAUAUUCCUGUACCGGAUGAUAUAAUUCCACUGGUAGAUGCUGAAACAGAGAAUACGCCCCAGAAUUACAUUCUUGCUAAUGCCAUUACCAAUACGAUGGCCCAAGAAUUGAAUGGACAUGCGACUGAAACCGACGGAAGAAUAUCAGAGCCUAGGGGGGCUCAUCCUGGUAUGUUGGUACUUGCUGGUGCUGUUCUCGGUGCAGCUGCUGCUCUCACUGUUGUACUGUCACGCCGGGCGAGCCUACGCCGUCGAGACAGAUAUCACAGGCAUGAGAAUAUUGAAGUACACACAUUAACACCCACGACUGAACUAUGGUGACCUUCUUUGAGGGAUGCUGAAGGAUGGAAUUAUGAAUCAAUGUGAAGGUAGUAAGAAUGAAAUGGUUUACAAGUUCUUGCGACGAAAAAACAACCAUUCGAGGUGAGAGAAUAACUAAAAGCCCUGAAAGCCAGAAAUUUGCAUUAAUUCUCGAUGAGAUGAUUGCAAGAAGUUUACGUGGCUGUAUAAAUAUGGAAUUGCGUUCUGUUAUUUUUGGAGGAAGCGAAGGAACAACCACCGUCCUUGAGUGAUGGAGCAACUUGGAAUCAACAGUAGACAAAUUACCAUAAAUCGCAACAACAACUUUGCGGUGGGAUAAUUGAGCGACAUUGUGACAAUAACAUAAUUUUCGGUUGAGUGACGAAAUCUUUUGCUAGACGAGGAGAGUAGCAGAGUUGGAAUAUCCAUUACUAGAUGGUGGGAUGGGAGAGAGUGGAGGGAGAGUACGGGGAAAAUAGGGGAGAAUGGGGUGGUUGGAAAUGAGAAAGUGUGAAAUAGUAAACUCUUGAAACAUGGAAGACACCUUCUGUCUCUCUGUCGGGGACAUGUGCCAGGAAAAGGAAUGAAACAAAAGGAAGCUACGGUACAGUGUGAAGGGAAAAAACUCAUUACCUGAGAAUUUUUUUUUAUUUUUUAUGUUGUCAGAAAUAAUCUUUUGACUGAAAGAGCUAGGCCAAUUUUUCAGUUUAUUUUCAGUGCAUUACACCAGUUUGCACGGUGAGAAGAGUUGUGCUGGUGUGGCUCAUGGACAGAUAAAUUUAUUUGAAAAAAGUGAAAAUUGAUAAUAUUGAUAAUAAGCUAUGAAGAGGGUAGAUAUUAUCUUUCGUAAAAAUAACCCGUGUCAAAAUACCGACUAAGAUAAUAAAGAAUAAAAAAAAAACAUUGUACAAAGAUGCAUAUAUUGUAGUUUUUAU